AUGGGUCAGUCUCAGCUCAGGUCAGUAGUAGGUCAGCCUCAGGUGCAUACUGUAGCCAGUAGCGUCCAUCACUCGCCGCCUAUCCUUCAACCACCUCACUGGUCUCUCUCUCUCGGCCACCCUUCCACUAAUCACCCACCAGGUGUGCAUGGUGCAGCCAACAGCGUCCAUCAGUCUGUGCUCUCAUUUGUCCCCUGGCGCGCCACCACUGCUAUUGGCUCUGCCUCUUGUGCCCACCCUUUUGAUGUCAUGGUGGAGGCAGCCCCUUUAUCUCAUCACUCUCAGGUACUCUGUGUGUGCUCCAUUGCCACUUCUCAGGUACUCUGUGUGUGCUCCAUUGCCACUUCUCAGGUACUCUGUGUGUGCUCCAUUGCCACUUCUGUGGAUGCGGAUGUGGGACCGUUGGUGGUGUUCAAGCGGGACUAA